AUGUCUGAAUCUCCCACGCCCACUCCUGAUCCAUCAUCAUCUAGCAUUUCCAACGAAAGCCAAAAACGGCGGAUGAAGUAUAUGCUUCACAAAUACACUUCACCAAAUCCUGCAAUCACCUGCGUUUUUCGGGUUCCCAAUUUGGUGAAGGAGACAAAACCCGAGGCUUACCUUCCUCAGCUCAUCGGGCUUGGCCCGUAUCACCACUUUCGCCCCGAAGUUCAACUAAGGUCCACCAAGAAGCGUAAAGCCAUUGAGAGUUAUGUGAAAAGAUAUGACAUAAACUUGGACAGUGCACUGGUAUUCAACGACCGGGCCAUGGUUAGCCGAUUCGAGUCCAUGAUCCGUUCGUCUUAUGAUCGAUACGUGGACCUGGAUGAGGAGACACUUUGCUGGAUUACGAUGGUGGACGUGGUGGUUUUGUCGCACUUCGUCGAUACCUACCUGGAUCCAGAAAUGAAGAAGGAACAGCAAGUGUAUCCGGAUAUGGAGAAACUGGUUCCGGAUCUGUUCAUGAUGGAGAACCAAAUCCCUUUCACCCUUGUAAUCCAGGCCCACGAAUGCCUUGGUUUGGCCUGGAGUGCGAAACAGAAGUCUGGAAUCCUGAGACACUUUUUCGACUUCUGUGUCCUGCAUUCUCCACUGGAAUUAAAGGACAGCUCGGUUUGGAAAAAGGUGAAGCGCAUCUCCCAGGAAGGAAUUUCCGACCAGAAAAUAACCCACAUGCUCCACUUGAUGUACCUAAUGAUUAUUAAAAGUAAUUCCCCUGUUGUUGAAGCAGCUACUCCGACUACUAAAUUACCAUCAGGCGGCCAGAGGGAUUGGCUAACCCGAGCGACACGGCGAGUAAAGGGAUUUGCCGGACUGGCUUCCAGUAAAGCCAGGGAUCUUUUCCGGCAAGUGGUGGAGGAAUUCAAUUCCGCGGUGCACGAUGCCCAAAGUUCCGGCGUCAGGAUUCCUGGAAACAUUCAGAAGGUUUCUCUGUUUCUCGGGAAUCUGGACAAAGCUAUCAAGCUUAAUGAACGGAGUAAAUCAGGGGAUUUCUCUCCAGAAAUGAAUCUUGAAAUCCCUUCAGCUUCUCGGCUGUCCACUAUUCUGGACGUCAAAUUCAAGCCACUUCCACCUGGCUGUGGCAUCCAUCGUAUCGAGCUCAAGGAACAACAACCAGAGGACGGAAAUGGGUUCUUAUUCUACCUACCACGGAUCAAGUUUGGACCCACUUCAGAUGUCAUAAUCAGGAAUUUGGUUGCCUACGAAUCCACCAUAUCCAAGGAGGAAAGGGGUCGCACCCGAUUCAGGGAUUUCAUUUAUUUAAUAUGCGGCCUUAUUAGGUCAGAACAGGAUGUGAAGUUAUUGAAGGACGCAGGAAUCAUAGAACCGGAUAAAAGCAUCCCUGAUUCCGAAAUAGCUCGCAUCUUCAAGGGGCUCAUGGACAUUGAGGGAACCACUGCUCCUGAAUCUAAGGUUCUUAAGGUUGUUCAGAAGGCACAUAAAAACUACAGCGAUUUGAUCGUCAUCAAGUACGGCAGAAGUUUCAUGAACCAUUUUGCAGCUAUGCUCAAAGUUUUCAGAGGAUUGUUUCCCUUAAUGAUCUUUCUGUUUCUCGCUUUCCAGUCAUUUUGUGAUGUGUACGACUGCCGAGCCAGGCCAACUACUCAUGGAUCAUCACUAAUAAAGGAUAACUCGUCUUUGGACCUGAAUGCUGCCCAGGAAAUUGCUUCUUCCUCAUUAAUGAUGCCCAGGAAAUUGCUUCUUUCUCAGUAA